CUGCAGGAUUGUAAGUAAGUAAGUAAGCACGGAAAUGGGCUGACAGGCUUUCCAAAGUCUCCCAGUCCGUUGCAACUCGUGAUGGGGGUGGCUGACCGUGCAUCCUGUCAAUACGAAGAAAGAGAUUGAGGAAGACCGUGCAGAGUAAGACACUCAACCCAAACCGAUAACUAGACUAUCGCCUACCGCAUGAAGUUAUCUAAGAAAGAAGGUGACCAUGGAUCUCCAAUCCAGCCCAGCCUUUUCCCUGUGCGAUUCCAUCCACGAUCCCUGGCUGGCUCAUCGGCCAAUCCGAUCGCCGCUCCACUGAUCCAUCCACGGAUCCAAUCCCCGAUCCAUCUCCCAGGGACUGCAACAUCCACUCGCGCGAUCGGCCUUCCUUCGCAGUCUUCGCCUUUUGCGCUACACUUUUUUUGCGAUCGAGGAUAUCGCAUACAGACGAUACCCGUAGGGAUUGACUGUCCGUCGCAGAUAAGCCAUCACGUUAUCAUUACAUCCGGUCUCAUUCGAUAGACACCCCUUAUUCGUCAAAAUGCAUGAGCAUGAAAUGUCCUACAUGGGCCCUCGGGCCUUCAGUCACGAUC